CAACCCCAUUGACUCCGUACUUGAUACUGACACCACACAUGCUCAUGCAUGCAUCUGUGUAUAUAACACAUCCCUUCAAAACUCGAAACACCGAAAGAGAAGCUUUCCUCUGAAUCCUGAUGGCAGAAAAUGCCCCGCAAGCACUUGUAACAGCAGAACCGGCCACACCGACGGCGACAGAAACCGAGGCCAAGACCGCAGAUAAAAUGGAGUCGCAGAGCAAUCCGCCGGGAGGGAUGAUGGCGGCGGCGCACGUGAUAGCGCCUGGGGUGCUGUCGAUAUUCUCCUUCUUCCUGUCCCUGGCUCUGCUGGGAUGCGCCGUCUGGCUCCUCUUCAUGAGAAGCUACGACUGCGAGGACCUCCUGGGGCUGCCACGUGUCCAGACUCUGGCCAGCGUCGGCCUCCUGGCCGUGUUCGCCAUCAGCAACGCGGCUCUCUAUCAACGGCAGAGGUUCCCAAUGCCGGUGGUGGUGGUGAUAGUGGUGACGCUGUUGCUGAUGCUCUUCCUCGGCCUUGCUUACUCCGGCGUCAACGAGAUGCAGAGCCAACGGUUUCCGGCGACUGCCUCCUGGUUCAAGAUGAAGGUGAUGGACGAUUCCAAUUGGAACAAUAUCAAGUCCUGUAUAUACGAUAAGGGCACCUGUAACGAACUCGUUUACAGAUCCUUGAGGAAAGAUUCUUAUGAUCUGAUCAGCAACAGUAAAAUGUCAUCCGUUCAGAGCGGGUGCUGCAUUCCACCGAAGACGUGUGAGAUGGAGGAGGUGAACGCAACGUCAUGGAGAAGGAAAGAGGAGAUGGAAUACGACAUAGAAAACGAAGACUGCGAGAUGUGGAGGAAGGAGUGGAGCGUUCUGUGCUACGACUGCAGGUCCUGCAAGUUGGGUUUCAUCAGAGCUCUUCGUCGGAAAUGGUGGAAGCUCGGCGUCUUCUGCAUCGUCAUGUCCCUCCUCCUCCUCCUCUCCCAUCUCUUGCUUUUCUUGGCCACUUUCUGGGAGCGUCUCAAGACCUAGAAGAUUUUUUUUUUUUUUACUGCGUUCCUUUUCUUUCUAUUUGUCAUGAAUGCUACAUAAAAUUCCCCUGCACAUUCAAUAAACAUCUACUCUUCUUAUA